AUGGAAGCCAAACGGGGCAAUGACGACGAGGAUGAGAAAGAAGCAGGGGACGCAUAUAAAAGGGGCCUCAGGGAAAUCCUAACGAGGGUUUACGUGGGGGACUACGAAGACUCAAAGAACAUCCUGCUCCUCGGAAUCAUCGGCAUCACGCACAUCAUUAUCGUAAGGUGCAACGAAGAAUAUCAAAUGGCUAGGAUAAUUUACCCACAUAAGUUCGAAUACUACAUCAUCGACCUGGAGGCAGAUUAUGACUUCACCCACUGUACGCAUUUGAAAUUCCUGCUGGACGAGAUCCUCUUUGAAAAUGGAGAAAAUAGGGUCUUCAUCCACAGCUAUAUCUCCCUUGAGAAGAUUCUGUCCCUGUUGGUAUUCUACAUUACGACGACGUUAAACCUCGACGUGGAGGACGUCUUGGCCUACGUUAAGAGAAUCGUCCCGGAUUUUUCGAUGAACACAGAGAGCGACAAUAUCUACUAUUUUACGAAGAGGCACAUGUUGACUUACUACCCAGGCGAAUACACAAGCUACCUCGACGUGCGGGACCAAAAGGGGGGCCCCCAAGUUGCUCUUAAAGAAUGA